AACAUCCAGUUCCUGCCCUUCCUCACCACCGAUGUCAACAACCUGAGCUGGUUGGGCUAUGGCUGCCUGAAGCAGGACUGGACCCUGAUCACCGUCAACACAAUUGGGGCAGCACUGCAGACCCUCUACAUCCUGGCAUACCUCUACUACAGCCCUGCAAAGCGCCCCGUGCUGCUGCACAGCCUGCUGCUCCUGGCUGUGCUGGUUGCUGGCUAUGGCUACUUCACCCUCCUGAUUGCCGAUGCACAGACACGCCUGGCACGCCUGGGGCUCUUCUGCAGUGUCUUCACCAUCAGCAUGUACCUCUCACCGCUGGCCGACCUGGCCAAGAUUGUCCAGAGCAAGUCGACGCGUUGCCUGUCCUUCCCCCUGACCAUCACCACCUUCCUGGCCUCCACCAGCUGGACGCUCUACGGCCUGCAGCUCCAUGACCCCUACAUCACGGUCCCGAAUGUGCCAGGGAUUGUCACCAGCAUCGUGCGGUUCUGGCUUUUCUGGCGGUACCCGCCAGGCCAGGACAAGACCUACAGACCCCUGCAUGCCUGA